AUGCCCUGUUUUAAGGGACUUGCUGUGAGCAUCCAUACUCCGGAUGGCCCUAUCUCUGAGUACUCCAUUCAGCGCCAAUUGCGAUCCUCUCGCAUAGCUUGCUUUAUUCCUGUUCCCCCGCCGAAAGUCCCCGAUUCUUCAAAUGGCAAGGCCGAGCAGUCUACUUUCGCCAUCUCCAUAACUCUUCUCAAUUCCGGACAGGAUGUCCCUUACUCCACUCCGAAACCAACGUCAGAAUGCCCCUACCCAAAGCCGAAAAUUGUGGGAGGAACGCCGAGCUCCACCGCGGUUAUGCCAUAUCAAGCAAUGACCAAUUCUCCGAACGAGACUGUAGCUGCCUACAUCUAUUUUGAUGGCCGACAGAAGGAGGAAGUGGCUACAUUAUUGCGGAGGGGAGAGGAGACAUGGGUGAAUUCGCGUUGGGUCACCGCCGAGGGUGGAGGUAUCGCCGAACGCGAGUUUCUCUUCCGUGAGGUUGGCCUAGAGCGUUGGCUCAAUGGUCUAGACUUGGAGGGCAAGGACGCAGCCGCUAAGAUUGAACGGCGGCGGCAAAAGAUGGAGAAGCGCCGUGAAAAGCGACAGAGUCACAUGGAUAUGAACUCCCCAUCCAAGCCGAAGAGCAUCAUGCGCUAUGGCAAUGAUGAGAAAGAUCCGCUGAUAUCUGUAUCUGAUGACGACUUGUCCGAUUCUGAUGAUGACCCAAUUCCUGAAACAACCGGCCAGAUCAAGGUAGCCUUGUUUCGAGUACUGGCAUCAGGUGAAAUCAAACGCGGUGAAUAUUCGCCGCAAUUUGAUGCGAAGGAUGAUGACGAGGGAGCUCAAGACAAUGGUACUGGAGGAGAUGCCGAUGUUGAUCACACCACGAGCUUCGCAAAGCCUAAGACGCUGGACCCGAAGACUAUCAGCACACAAACAGUCACGGGCAUUGACCCAACGGACAAGCCUUAUGCCACUUUCACUUUUAUGUAUCGUGGCGAACGACAAUUACAGAAGAUGGGCAUCUAUAAGGAUGCUAAAGUGCCAGAAACCCCGGCGGCGGCGAAGCGGAAGUCAUUACAAGAUUUUGCUAACCUUGGCCCUAUCAAGCCUGGUGGAACUGUUGGUUUCGUGGGUUUCCGCGAUGAUUCCACACGAAAGGGCAAGAACGGCGAUGAUAUGGACAGUGACGAAGAUGAUACCGACAACCCGAUUCUGGGCAAUGCCGAUGACGAGGAAGCUAAAGACGACGACCGUUUUCUGUCUCCUGAUGACAUUCGACGCCAAGGAGAGCUAGCGGAAGGUGUCCGCAAAAUUCGGCUCAAGCGCCAGCACUCUGCUGAGCCGACUAGUAUCAAUGUGGGAAACUCUACCGGGAUUUUCAAUACUGGCACGAGUCCUACGACCACUGAACGAUCCGUCUCUCCAACGAAGCCCGCCCCUGCUGCUGGUCCAUCCGAGUCGCCCCAACCUCCUGUCACCCUGGACGAUACAUUCAUCGGAAGUCCAUUGAAGAAGCAGCGACCGAGCGUCUCCGCUGCAGAUGAGAACUCGCUGCGGCGUCGAAUUGCCGAUACUUCUGGUUCCAUUGAUGGAGUCCUGAAGACAGAUUCCAAUGAGAUCAAGAGCACCAGUGCUCCGUUGUUUGGUAACACGCAAGGUUUCAACUCGCAACAAGCUGCUGCUGCACUGGAGGAUGAGGAGUUGUGA